UGUGACCCUCUCACGGCUCGACGCCAUGCACCCAACACAAGUUGCUGCGACAGCAGCGGCCCUCUUUGGCGGCAUAUCACAAGCCAUCGACUUCAGUCCGGCCAGGCCCCCAGCAUGGCCCUUGGCAGUUAGAUCACCCUACCUCAGUACAUGGCUGGACGGGACCUCAGGAGGAUCUCUUGCAGGAAAUUGGCCUACAUUCUGGAACGGCCAAGUCACGGCACUGCAGGGCUUCGUUGCUGUUGAUGGUGAAGUCUUCAACUGGGCUGGUGCGGCAGCCGGACCUAGUCUGGCGAACCAGACAUCAGCAACUUACACGUCCACAAGCACUGUGUUCACUUUUGAUGUCCUCGGGAAAGUGACCUUGACAGCCACUUUUCUGUCACCCGUCUACCCUAACGACCUAGUGAAGCAGUCAUUGCAGUACUCGUACAUCGACGUUGCUGUUGUCUCUUCUGACGGCGACUCACACGAUGUCCAGAUAUAUGCGGACGUCACCGGAGAAUGGGCCAGUGGAUAUGAUAACACACUAGACAUUGUCUGGAGCCAUGGAUCUAUCAACGGGGUAUCCUAUCACACCUUCAACUUGACCGACCAGGAGGUCUUUGUAGAGAAUGACCAACAGGCCGGUUGGGGAACCUGGUUCUUCUCCACUGCUGACGAUGACGGGUUGACGUGGCAAAUUGCGGAGGACACAGUGGUCCGCCCUCAGUUUGAGAGCAACCAGACACUCCUCGACACCGAAGAUACCAACUACCGAGCGAUCGAUGAUGAUUGGCCUACCUUUGGAUUCGCCAAGGACCUGGGAUCUGUGUCGGACACAUCGGCCAGUGUCUUGUUCACCAUCGGUCUGUCACAGGAGGCGAUCAUCAACUUUGCCGAGACCUCAUCAACCGGCAACACGAUGACGGCGCUCUGGCUGACAGAAUACGACUCGGGCGAAGAGGCCAUGGCGGCUUUCUAUAACGAUUACUCGACAGCAGUGACGGACUCCGCCGCUGUGGAUAGCCAGGUAUCGACGGACUCCAGCGCCGCAGGGGGCUCGAACCUCACCACGAUCACAAGCUUGGCUGUCCGUCAGGUUUUCGGCGCCGUCGCUCCUGGCGUCGGCACGGAACAGACCUACCUCUUCAUGAAGGAGAUCAGCUCUGAUGGAGACACCAACACAGCAGAUGUCAUCUACCCGGCGAUGCCCAUUCUCCUCUACUUCAACGAGACUCUGCUCAAGCUUCUGUUGGACCCCCUCUAUGUCAACCAGGAGAGCGGCCUGUACCCAAACACCUAUGCCGAACAUGACCUCGGAGUCUGGCCCAACGCACUCGGCUACCCUGAAGGCAACGACGAGGAGAUGCCUCUCGAGGAAUGUGGCAACAUGUUGAUCAUGACGCUCGCAUACGCGCAGCGCUCCGGCGAUACCGACUACCUGUCCAAGCAUUUCCCCAAGUUGGAGCAGUGGGCUGGGUACCUGGUGAACGAGAGCUUGAUUCCGGCCAACCAGAUCAGCACUGAUGACUUUGCGGGUUCCCUGGCGAACCAGACCAACCUCGCAUUGAAGGGCAUCAUCGCGCUCAAGGCCAUGGGGCAGAUGGGAGAGCUGAUCGGCAACUCCUCUGCCAAGAGCUACUAUGGCGGUGUCGCGGACGACUACCUGCCCCAGUGGGUCGUCUAUGGUCUCAACAACGACUCGACCCUCCCCCACACCAUGCUCAACUACAACAAUCAAAGCUCCUGGGGCAACCUGUACAACCUCUACGCAGACAGUCUGCUGGGUCUUGACUUUGUGUACGACUAUAUCUACACAGACCAGAGCAACUACUACCCGACCGUCGUAGAUACGUACGGCCUCCCUCUGGACACGAGGCACGACUGGGUCAAGGGUGACUGGAUGAUGUUCUCAGCAGCGAUUGCCGAGUCGAGCACGCAGUCCCUGUUGAUUGACCUGCUGGCUUACUGGAUCGAGAACACGUCAGAGACGACAGCCUUUGGAGACCUGUGGGAUGGCGAGACGAGUGGGUAUGUCACGACCGCUGAGUUCAAGGCGCGGCCGGUUAUGGGUGGAUCCUUUGCGCUGCUCGUGCUGUCCUCUUCCUAAGGGUAUCCUGCUGAAAGACGAGCGAACACGAUUGAGCCCAGCUUUGGUCUCUCGUUUCAUGCACCCUUCUUCUUUUUCUCUUCCUCUUCUUCUUAUUUGUACAUAUCACACACAUGUGCAUACACACAAGUUAUGCAUCGACGCCAAUUUCCUUAGCAUUGGAAAGGAGUCUUGGGGGGCAGGGCCUGGGGAUUAAUGCCGUCAAUGGCUUGGAAAUAAUGUGGACAGGGUUAUUGGUAAUAUUCUAUGCAGGCACUGUCCUCAUGACUUGUAGCCGCAAUGAAUGCCCGGGGUCGACCGGCGCCCUCAAUGAUAUACUCAAGGAUCUCCAUCUUGUACC